AUGGCAAAACAAUUGACACGAGUUUUGGUCAAAAGUAAUGACAUUUUUGACGAACUCUUCGACGAAAACAAACGACUUUUGAGUGAAUUAUUGUUUGCAAACAAUUGUCUCAUGAAAUUGAAGACUCAAUUGUCUCACAUUUACCACACAUUUGAGACACAACUCUCGGCUGAAGACAAACACAACUACAAUGAGUUGACACAAGAGUUACGACCAUUGGAUGCGGGCGUCAAACGAGAAGUGAUCGCUGAAGAGAUAAACGCGACACCAAUUGUGCCGAAGUGCAGGAAAAGGCCAAAGUCUUCGUGCGAUACCAACAAAACACGUGAUAAUCGGGUUGUGGUUAAGCGACGCCCCGGAAGGCCUAAAAUGUUGAGACAAGAGUUGCAGUCAAUAGAUAUGGAAACCAAAAAGGAGGCGCCGUCUGAGGCCACCGACGAUCGCAGUUCUUCACUCGUGGAUCAAAGCAUCUCUGAUGAAGACAAUGAAUCGUAUGAUAAGAGUGUCGAGAAAUUAGAGGUUAAGAAACGAAUCCGAAAACGAAGAACAGCUGCGGAGAUGGAAGAGCUCGAAGAACUGCGACAGAAAUACUUGAAUUUUGAGGGCAUAAUGGAUGACAUGACCGGUCAUUACGUGUGCCCUAAGACUGGCUGUGACUCUAGGUAUGGACUGCUUAUUGAUCUGUACCGACACAUGCGUUCAGUCCAUGAAUUGCAAUCUUGUGGUCCAGAGUUUCAACAGAGAAUGGAUUCGCACACAAAAGAGUACUUCGAUGUCGACACCAAUUGCUAUGUCUGUACGGAAGGCGACUGUCGAGAGAGGAUAGAAAAACAAUAUAAUUUUUACCGACAUUUAAUCAACGCUCACAACAAAAGGCCGGACAUUGUGUGCGAUGUCUGCGGCAAAGUAUUCAAACUCUCGGGUCAGAUGCGAAUUCAUCAUCGGAUUCACACCAAUACCAAGCCAUACAAGUGCUCGAUCGCCGACUGCGGCCGCCAGUUCCGGUGCUCAGGUAUGCUCACCGCUCACAUGACCAGCCAUUCGGAUGAGCGGCCAUAUCAUUGCCAAUUCGAGGGCUGCGGUAAGGCUUUUAAGAGCGAUCGGCGAUUGCAAGAGCACUCGCAAACCCACGACAAGACAUCGCUGAUCAAGUGCUCUGUGAACGGCUGCGACCACUCGUUUAAGAACGACUAUAGACGUAGAUUACACGUCAAACUGGUCCACAAGGGUUUGUCAUACGAAGAGUGUCGCAAAGUGUCCAAAACUAUGCCAUGUGUUUGGCCCGGAUGUGAAUUUAGGGGCCCAUCGAGUACAUUGAAGUCUCACCAUUACAUCCACACGGGUGAGCGGCCGUACGCCUGCAAUUGGCCAGAAUGUGGUAAACGGUUCCGGCAAAAGCAUCACCUCAGCGAUCACAAGAAUAUUCACGUCAAUGAUAAGCCCCUGAUGUGUCACUGGCCCGGCUGUGGCUAUCGGGACAACAAUUCAGGCAAUCUUCGCAAACAUAUCCGCACUAAACAUAAAUAG